AUGGAUCCUGUGGUCAUGGAUAUUUUAAUUUGCUACCGAUUCUGCGGUUACUAUCACAUCGUAUCUUUCAUCUGGUCUUGCCAUCGGCACAUAGUGACUCAGAUCCUGAGGAGCAGCCUGUGCAGGGCAAACACAGUGAUGUUGAUUCAGAGAUUUCAAAUACAACCAGGUGUAGAGUUUGAAUUUACAACUCUACAAGGUUCUACAGAUGAAGAUGCCCUCCUUCCAUACAAUCUUGAUGCAAUCUUGAACCCGUACAGCGCUAAAGCCAUUUUCACUCCUAGCAACAUAUUAUUGUCUGGUAAGGGCCCUACUCAAGUCAUUGUAGCCUUUGAUUUCAUCAGAGGUGCCUCUAAGUCCUGA